CUGCGAAAGAAAACUGUCACAGUAAUGUCUAUUUGUGUCUGAGAGGGAGGAUAUGUGACUUCAUGGAAUCCUAGACCCUACAUCUCCAGAGAUCACUGCUGCAUCGAGAUGGAGGGGAGCUCCAGGCCAAUGCGUGUUCUGGUAACGGGCGGCAGCGGUCUGGUUGGCAAAGCCAUAGAGCGAGUGGUGAAGGAGGAAGGAGGAGCAAAAGAAGGAGAAGAAUGGAUUUUCCUCUCAUCCAAAGAUGCUGACCUUACAAAUACAGCUGAAACAAAGGCCAUCUUCGAGAAACAUCAACCGACACACGUCAUUCAUCUCGCUGCCAUGGUGGGAGGCCUCUUCCGACACUUGAGACAGAACCUGGAUUUCUUGAGAAAAAACCUAGCCAUUAACGACAACGUGCUGCACACAGCUCAUGAGUUUGAUGUGGUGAAAGUUGUCUCCUGUCUCUCAACAUGCAUCUUCCCAGACAAAACCACCUACCCUAUUGACGAGACUAUGAUCCAUAAUGGUCCUCCUCAUGAGUCUAACGCUGGCUAUGCCUACGCCAAGCGGAUGGUUGACGUCCACAACAGAGCCUGUUUUCAGCAGUAUGGACGGCGGUACACAGCUAUUAUCCCGACUAACAUCUUUGGUCCUAACGACAACUACAACAUAGAGGAUGCUCAUGUUCUACCAGCACUGAUCCAUAAGACCUACCUAGCAAAGAGGGACGGCACGGCUCUGGAGGUUUGGGGCUCUGGUUGUGCACUUCGGCAGUUCAUCUACUCUCUGGAUCUGGCUCGUCUCUGUCUGUGGGUGUUGAGAGAAUAUGACGAGGUGGAGCCAAUAAUAUUGUCAGUCGGAGAGGACGAUGAGCUCACCAUCAAGGAUGUUGUAGAUUCAAUAACUGAAGCCUUAGAAUUCACAGGACCUGUGAUUUAUGACACAAGCAAAUCAGACGGUCAGCUGAAGAAAACUGCCUGCAAUGCCAAACUCCGCCACUACCGACCAGACUUCACCUUCACUCCUUUUUACACAGCUAUCAAGGAGACGUGUGAUUGGUUUGCUUCCAAUUAUGACAGCGCUCGGAAAUGAGAAUUCUGCCACCUGCUGGGGAUGAGAGUCAAACAUAGACUCUUCAUUUUCUCACUGAGAAAGUGAUAAAGCAGUCUGUGACAGUGUGAAUCAUUAUUAUCAUAGACAGAGUGUAGUAAGUGACACUUUAUAAUGUGUAUUUAUUCAGUAUUUCAUGAAAUAAACAUUUUAAGCAAACUGAA